UUUCCACGUGACUCCUCUGAAAGCUCGCUCAAAGUUAAAAACAGACUUUGUUUAUCUUCCUGGCCGUUUGCUGAAAUCCUAUCCGACCUGUUACCCUUUUUUUCUUCUCCGGCCGUCUUCGUUAUUUUUAUCUUUUCAGCGGCUGACGCUGAGAAGCCCUUUAGACUCUCGCCCUGACACUCAGUAGCAUUUCUCGGGUCUUUGCACAUCAUUUUCAUCUGCUUUUUUUUGUGUGUGUUGCUCCCCAGAAGCAGAGGCCGUGCAACGCCAAAAAAAAAAAAAAAGAACGAGAGAGAGUCAGAGGGACAAUUGUAUAUCUUCCCCCUUCUUGUUAUUGGUCAGAAGACUUGCAUUAAAAUAUAUAGGUGUAGGCUUGCAUUUAGUUUUUUAGUUUUUUCGGUGGAGGCUGUUGCAGCUGAAGGCAGUUCGACGGAAGAAGCGUUGCCGUGUGGAGGGGUUUUUUUUAACCGAGAGACCGAAGAGCGCCAUGGCGACCCAAGUCGAUGUUCUGUCCAGCGCUCCUCAGGCCGACGGGAUGCACUUUCUGGGUGAAAACCCGGCGGAGGCCAGCCACGCAUACAGCGACGACGAGGAGGCGCUGAACGAUGCCGAGAUCAACGGCAACUGGACGCCCCAGGAGAAGGCGCUGCACGAGGCCCGCCUCAAAGCCAAAGCCAAACGCCGCCUGCGCAAGUCUUCGUCCCGCAACUCCACCAGCGAGUCCAUCUCCGAGUCGGGAGAGCUGGCCGGAGGUGACCCGCACAGUCCGAAGGGCAAGGUCAACACCAAUGACCGCAAAUCCAGGACAGGCAAAGGGAGGGGCCUGCCCAAAAAAGGCGGGGCAGGCGGAAAAGGCGUUUGGGGGGCAGCCGGGAUGGUUUACGAAGACGAGGAGCCGGAUAUACGGGAUCCAAACUAUGAUGAAUCUUCCCAGGGAGACACCGUUUAUGCGACUGUUGUUCCAGAGGUGGACGAGAGGGAACUGGAGAAGAUGGUCAACCCAAUCGUACAAGAGUACUUUGAGCACGGAGACACAAAAGAGGUCCAGAUGUUACUGAAAGAGCUCAACCUCGGCCCACAUAAGUACGAGUUCUCCUCCUUGGCUGUGUCCCUGUCCCUCGAGGGGAAGGCCAGUCACAGAGAGCUGACCUCCCGCCUGCUGUCCGACCUGUCGGGCAAGAUGCUGUCGCAGGGCGACAUGGCCCGGGCUUUCGACAAGAUGCUGAAGGAGCUGCCCGACCUCAUUCUGGACACACCGGAGGCUCCGCAGAUGUUGGGCCAGUUUAUUGCCAGAGCCAUAGCGGACCACGCCCUCCCCAUGAACUUCCUGGAUUGUUACAAAGGCAAAGUGGACUGCGAGCAUGCCAGAGUGGCUCUGGACCGGGCUGCUGUCCUUCUGACCAUGAAGAGGGAGAUGGUUCGCCUGGAUAACGUGUGGGGUGUCGGUGGAGGUCUGAGACCCGUUAAGCAUCUCGUCAAAGAGAUGAACCUUCUCCUCAAAGAGUACCUUAUAUCUGGAGAUGUAUCGGAGGCAGAACACUGUCUGCGGGACCUGGAGGUCCCUCACUUCCAUCACGAGCUGGUCUACGAGGCUGUAGUGAUGGUGCUAGAGUCCAAAGGAGACACCGCCACUCACCUGAUGAUGAAACUUCUGCAGUCCUUCUGGAAAACCGGCCUCAUCACUGUGGAUCAGAUGAAUAGGGGUUUCCAGCGCGUGUACGACGAACUUCCUGAAAUCAGCCUGGAUGUGCCACAUGCGCACUCCAUCAUGGAGACCUUUGUGGAUCUCUGCUACCAGGAGUCUGUCAUCACCAAACAGCUGAGGGAUGCCUGCCCCUCCAGAGGGAGGAAGCGCUUCGUAAGCGAGGGAGACGGCGGGAUAAUUAAAACCUAAUUCAAAUGGUGGGAAGAAGGGAGAGGACGAGGAGGACGGGUGCUCACUGGUUCUUGCACCCCGGUUUCUGCCUCCGCGUGUUUCACCCGAACAGGGCAUGUUCCUCUCCCACUAACGUUGUUAUACAAACCAGCAUUUGCAUUCAGUGACAGUUAAGUGAAGAGUGCUCUGGGCCUUCAGUUCCCUUCAUCUUGUUGAUCACUGUUUUUUGACAGUUUUUGAAGAAUACUUUGUAUCAUCUGGGGUCGGUGCGACCCCCUUUUGCCUCUGUCUUUGUACAGAAUGAUUACAGUUAAAGCUGUGGAAAAACAGGCGGGCAGGGCAGGUUUUGUUGGAUAUGAAUGUUUUUUUUGUCUUUUUUUUGGUCACUUUGUUUGACCCUUUUCCAUGUCCUUAUUUUCAUACGGUGCACUAUGAAUGAAAAAAACACUUAAAGGACAGCUUACUGUACAGUCAGAGAGCACUUGGUAAUUUUGGCUCAACAGAAAAGAUUUAAACUUCUGCCACAUUUUUUUCAGAAUAAUUUCAAAGAUAUAAUUAUUUCUGUGCCCUUCUUAAAAUGGUUCUGUUGACAUGUUAUGUUGACGCGUCAUUUCCUUUUCUUUACUGUUUUGCAUUUUGGCCCCAAAGACAAAGCAUUUACUUUGUGAAGCAGCAUUCAAAGCAAAAGUGUUCAGACUCCAGAUACUUAAUUUGAAACCUGCCCUAAGUCAGAGGUGAUGUCUGAGAAUAAAAACAUUUGGGAUUUUGACUGUAAAAUGACACUUUAGUAAUAAAAUUGUGAGCAAUUUGCUUUGACUCUGCUUGUAAUUAGCUAAUGUGUCUGGAGCCACACUGUCAGCAGAUUAUAAUGAACAGCAAUGUUCAAAUGCAAAAGCCCGACAUCAAGAAAUUCUAUCCAAAUGAAGUUGGAGAUAACUCAAUGCCCGAGGGGAUCAGGUCAUCAAACUGAUUGCAACAGUUUAAUACCGCGGAAAGCAGUUAGUCAAUGAGCCUUUUCUACCCCUGUAACAGUUUUACAUGUUGUCCAAAGUUCUGAUGAAUAUUUCAUUCAAAGAAAAUUAAAAAAAUAUUGCAUUCAAUAAAAAGCAAAACUGAACUGUC